GCCAAAAGAAGCUAGCCACAAUGUCAGCUAAGAAUGGCGUUGAAAUGGUUAAAAAAGUAGCCGAAUUUAUUUCCAAAGGCAAAAGUUUUGAUCGCGUCACUCAAAUGGUUAAAAUAACGAGUGGCGGCGAAGGGCGUUGCGUGGGCGAAUUUACUGUUGAGGCUGAGCAUUUGAAUCGCGUAGGCUCGCUGCAUGGCGGCUUAACGGCCACCAUAUUAGAUAAUGUAACUACUUAUGCACUGAUGUCAAAGGGCUCACAUCCUGGUGUUAGCUCUAGUUUAAAUGUGAGCUAUAUAUCUGCAGCCAAACCUGGAGAUGUUAUAGAAGUGGAUGCCAACACGAUGCAUGCUGGACGCAAGAUGGCAUACAUCGAGUGUGUGCUCCGAAAUAAAGCGGAUGGCAAAAUCAUUGCCAAAGGUGGACAAACCAAAUAUGUGGACUUUAAUACACAAUCGAGCUAAUAAAUGUAAUUGCUUAUA